CGUGUCUUUGCAUAUUCUUCCCCCAGGAUGACAUCGGGAUCAGCGGGGUGAUCGGGUCAGCGGUGUUCAACAUCAUGUUCGUGAUCUCUGUGUGUGCACUGUUCUCCGGGCGUGUGAUCAACAUCAACUGGUGGCCGCUGAUACGAGACUCCACCUACUAUUGCCUCGCUAUCUUCGCUCUCCUGCUUACCAUUUAUGACGAGGAGGUUACCUGGUACGAGAGCACCUUCCUGCUACUGUUGUACUUACUCUACAUCGUGAUGAUGUGGAAUAACUCGCGCCUCGAGGUCUGGGCCAACACACUCAACGUGCCCUUCAAGAACGCCACCCAGGGCGAGAAGUCCACCCUUUUCGGCACAAAGCCCGUACCUCCCAUGGGGGACCCUGGUCUGGUGAAGGACCCCACAGACCCUAAUAACCCGGAACUAGGACAACAAGGUAGGACCUUUUCUAUCCUUCUUUAUUUCCCGCUCCUUACUUCCCCCCGCCCUUCCCAUGUUUUCUUUCCUCUCGCCUUUUCCUGUCCAAUCAUUAUUUACAAACAGAGACAGAGUCCUCCUUCAAAUGACUCGCCAGCACUUUUCUUCAUCAAAAUAAACAAAAUGAUCUCGGAGGGCUUUCAGAUCCAGGGCAGCAACGUGGAGGUUCAUGCUAGGGUCCUGCACCUAUUUUGA